CUGGGCAGACGGCGGGGAGACACCGGGCGGACAUGGACCUCCUCAGGUCUCUCAGGCACCCGGAGGAGAUUUAUAACCUUCUCAGGUUUAAGAUGGGCGGCUGCCGGGCUGUAAUGUCCAAGCUGGACCGGGACUCCAUGAGACAGAGCCUGCAGACCUGCUACAGAUACCUGAACGAAACCAGUCGGAGCUUUGCGCCCAUCACCCAGGUUUUGGAUGGGGAAUUGAGGGAUGCAUUUUGCAUACUUUACUUGGUCAUUCGGGCUCUGGACACCAUUGAAGACGAUAUGACCAUUAACUUAGAGAAGAAGAUUCCAAUGUUAUAUAACUUCCACACCUACCUGUAUGACCCAGAGUGGAAAUUCACUGAGAGCAAAGAGAAGCACAGUCAGGUUAUCAAGGACUUCCCAACGAUCUCUCUGGAGUUCAGAAAUCUAGCUGCUGUUUACCAAGGUGUGAUUGCAGACAUAUGCGCCAAGAUGGGAGAGGGAAUGGUGGACUUCCAGGAAAAUAAAGUGGACUCUUUGAAGCAGUGGGACAAAUACUGCAUUACAACCAGUGGUCUGUUUGCACUUGGCUUGUGCCAUCUGGCUUCGGCAUCAGAAUUGGAAGAUGGAGACGUCGGCCUGGACAUCCACUUUUCAAACACAAUAGGCCUGUUUUUGCAAAAAACCAACAUCAUCCGUGAUUACCUGGAAGAUCAAUUGGAAGGUCGGGAGUUCUGGCCAAGAGAGGUGUGGAGUAAGUACGGAAAGAAGCUCUCAGAUUUGGCAAAGCCAGAGAACAUCGUCCCGGCUCUGCAGUGUUUGAACGAGUUGAUUACCAACGCCUUGAACCAUGUGCCGGACGUCCUCAGAUACCUGUCACGGCUUAAAAACAAACGCAUCUUCAAAUUCUUUGCCAUCCCCCAGGUAAUGACUAUAGCCACUUUGGCUGCGUGUUACAACAACCAGCAAGUGUUUAAAGGCAUUGUGAAAAUCCGCAAGGGACAGACUGUCACUCUAAUGAUGGAGGCCACCAACAUGGACGCUGUGAGGGCCAUCAUGCUCCAGUAUAUUGAAGAGAUCUAUCAGAAAAUUCCUCCGUCAGACCCCACGUCGGGCAAAACACAGCACAUCAUUUCCUCCAUACGCAGCCUCUGCGUACCCAACGCUUCGGUUGUAUCCCAUAAUUAUUUGUCCCCCAUUUAUCUGUCUUGUGCCGUACUUCUGGCUGCCUUCUGUUAUCAGUACCUGGGCACUUGUAACACAGGGGUUGCUACAUAA